GUCUUGCGGCGGUGCUCGAGCUCGGCUGCGUCAAGCAGUUCAUACUUGUUUUCUAAAUAGCAUGAGGCUUUCUCUUCGCUGCUUUAGUAUCUGGAGAAGUUUCUCUAAAAGUCUGUUGGCAAACACGGGGAAACGUGGCUUGUGCAGUGCAGCGAUGCGGUUGGUGCAGUUCCAACGUCACAGUGAGGAAGGAGUGAUUCGAGUGGGAGUAGAGCAAGGCGAGGGGCUCGGCGUUGUGGAUUUAAAGGCCUUCGAUCCCUCUAUGCCCUCCACAAUGAGAGAACUGCUGGAGCUGGGCGACAAGGGCCUGGAGUGUGCACAAAGGGUGUUGGCAUCUGGUCGGUGUGCAGUGGAGCGCUCAGGCAUCCGGCUGCUUUCACCUGUCCUGGCGCCAGAGAAAGUGGUGUGUGUGGGAAUGAACUACCGCGACCACUGCUUGGAGCAAAACGCUCCCAUUCCUCGGGAACCGAUUAUCUUCAGCAAGUUCCCCAGCGCCAUCACAGGACCAUACGACCACAUCACUCUCCCCGCCGAAAGCCAGGAGGUGGACUGGGAGGUGGAGUUGGCCUUUGUGAUUGGACGAAGGGGAAAACACAUCAAGGAGAAGGACGCUCUCUCAUACGUGGCAGGGUUCACUGUGGCCAAUGAUGUAAGUGCGCGUGAUUGGCAGAUGAAACGCAACGGGAAGCAGUGGUUGCUGGGAAAAACGUUUGACAGCUUCUGUCCUCUCGGCCCUGCCUUGGUAACCACCGAUGCUGUGAAUGAUCCCCACAACCUGGGUAUCCGCUGUCUGGUUAAUGGAGAAACUGUCCAGAGCAGCAACACUGAUCAGAUGAUCUUCAAAACAGAGAAACUGGUUGCAUGGGUGUCACAGUUUGUGACUUUGACACCUGGAGAUGUGUUUCUGACAGGCACUCCUCCAGGAGUGGGCGUAUUCAGAAAGCCCCCCGUCUUUCUUAAGAGAGGAGACGUGGUGGAGUGUCAGAUAGACAAACUGGGCUCCAUACUCAACAAGGUGGUCUAACCCAGAGACAGCUGAGAGGACAGCAAGGAGGACACUGACAAAUCUGGAAUCAGUUCACAACAGAUUGUAACGUGUCCCCCACAACUCCUCUCAUUGAAUAUUCACCACUUUACUGUUAAUUAGUCUUACACGAAGAAACACAUUUCCAAAUGUGUAUUUUCUUAUGCUGUGAAAGGAUUUUUCUAUGUGACUUUGAAUAUUGACUGGGAAUAAAAACGGCUUCUCUGCUGUGCUGUGA